UACGUGCAGGUGUGGAAAAGGCUUCAAUAUGUGUUGCUUUGGCCAUCGAACGCAACUGGGGCACGAUCAUGAUGAUAAUGAUGAUGGCGAUGGCGAUGCUCCAUCCAUGAGGGGGUCGCCAUUUCAAAAUUUGCACCAUAGGACUUGUGGCUUCAGUCUAGGCGUGACUACGCUGUCCCGUCACCGAGGGCUUCGGCGCAUUUGGGCUAGAACAUGUGAACUUACCUCUCUCGGCCGGCCCAUUUUUCAGAGGUGCCCUGAGCGCAUCCCAACGGGGGUUAGUGGACGGUCUAUCUGCUUGUCAGCGUCCAAAAGGUCCCACGGGGUAACAUCGCCGUGUGUUUCCAGGAUACCCGCGCCAGCCUCAACCCUGCAGGCCCGUGAGCAACAGGCAUUUUGGCAACAAUGGUCUGCGGCAUUGACGUUUUCUCUGAGCAGCCAGCAACGGUCAUGUUGAUUGGGGAGGAAACGGCGAGUUGGAUUGGACGGCGGGUACCUGAGGUAGUGCGUGUGCGACUCGAGACGGACCCCCCCGACUACCCAACGGCCCUAUCAUCCGUGAAUAAGUCAAUAGUCAAUCUCGUUGUCGUCGAUCGUGAGAGGGGCUCCCACUCUGCUGGAGAGACCCAAGCGCUGCUGUUGUGCCCACAGGCCCACUGCUUCUUAUCUCUCUCCUCGAUCUUUACCCGAGGGUCGAUCAGCCUGGCCUCUCGAUGCAUGUGCCCAUGGGGAAAACUGUCAGCCUAUUGUUGCCGAGUUAAUGACGUGGUGUCUCAGCCCCAUAUUGCGGGUUGCUUUUUUAUGUUUUGCAUUUCAAGGCCCAGACCCUUCACGCUGAUCCCCAGCAUUUAGCCCUUUAUAAAUUUCUCUCCGUCCUACCUACCCAAGGAGUGAGGCCAUGUUGAAUUCGUCUGAACCUUCCCUAGCCCGUGAGUCUGAUCCCGGCUCACGUUCAGUCAUUGGACUCCUCCGGCGCGGCAGAGAGAUGGCUCAAAUAGCUCUCGGGCCCAACCACCCGCGCCGACACAGGCACGGCGUCGAUCUCAACGGCCUCCAGCCCAACCGUCCUCACAGCUCACUCAGUUUCAACUCUCUCAAGGGCCAGCAACAACAACGCCCUCACAGCUCUCUGAACAUUGCUCAUCUCACCAAUGGUCACCAGCAUGCCAUGGAUCUGGAGGACGACGGCGGUGCUGAGAUACCAGACAUCCCUCUUAAACGACCCUCGCGCCGUGCUGUUCCUACAGACCAGCCACCUGUCAGUGUAUCACGCAUUGACGAGGCAUGGGGUGACGAGAUCAACACCGAUUUUAGACCCCAGAGGCCCAUCAAUCCCAACAGCAUUGCCCCUCAAAAGGACAGACUCACUGUCCAGUCGCCAGAGGGCUCCUCUAGGGGCAGAGCAAAGAUGAAGCAACCGGAGCCGCCACUGCCCGUUCAAAGCCGGCCGUCUUCCAUCAGCCCGCCAAUGAGCCCGAGAACUUAUUCGUCAAGGUCGAGAGCAGGGUCAGUAGCGUCAUCGUACCAGACGAACGCCACGUCCAUGUUGCCGGCCUUGCAGACUAAAGGCGCAGGAGACGACGAGAUUCUUGAGCCCCUGGCCGAGGAGGAGGUCGAACCGGGCUCCUUUGACCUUGUGGUGCCAUCACACGGAGAUAGUGGGCAGCAUUACGACCUGGAGGACCGGUCUGAGUUGAUCUUCUCCAAGGACCACCUCCAGGCCAUCUUCAAGGAUCACAUUCUGCUCCAGCGGUUUACCGACUUCCUUCACGCGGUUCGCCCUGAUUCACUGCCCCUUCUGUCGUACUAUCUGGAUUGCCUCAAGGCGCUGCGGGCCAUCACAUAUGCAAAUGCAAUCACCGAGGGUCUGGACACGCUUCCCGAGCACGAGUUCACUGGCGAGAAUUCCUACAAGACGGUCAACACUUCGCUGGAGAAGAAGGCGGAGGCUGCCUUUGACGUCCUGGUUCAACAGGAUUUGCCCGCCUACGUCACGCACCUGUGGAUUCAGACUGUCACUGUGUCGAUCUCGAAACGGAUCACAGGCACCCUUCCCGUCCAGCUCAAGGAGAUGUCGGAGGGUCUCGCAGAGGUCUUUUGCUUAACAGAUCCAUCGAGACAUGACAACCCGAUCAUCUUUGCAUCCGAAGAAUUCCACAGAACAACACAGUACGGCAUGAAGCAUGUCAUUGGGCGUAAUUGUCGAUUUCUUCAGGGCCCAAAGACAAACCCGUUCAGCGUGAAGCGUAUCCGCGAGAAGGUCCUGGCCGGCAAGGAACAUUUUGAGACCUUCCUCAACUACCGACGCGACGGCUCACCCUUCAUGAACCUACUCAUGAUUGCUCCGCUGUACGAUAGCCGUGGCUCCGCACGCUACAUCAUCGGUGCCCAGGUCGAUGUUUCGGGCCUGGCGAAACAGGUCACGGGCCUGGACGCCCUCCAGAGGCUGAUCGCGGAGAGGGAGGCCGCCGCGGCCGCCGGCGGGGCGAACGACGAGGACCGCGAGGAGACGGACGAGUUCCAGAACCUGAGCGACAUGUUCAACAUGACGGAGCUAGAGACGGUCCGGCGGCGCGGCGGGAACAUGCACCGCGUCCCGCAGGACGAGCCCCAGGACGCCUCGUCGAGCAACUGGCACAAGCCGCGGAUCCUGCUCCAGGACGAGACGUCGUCCAUCCAGAAGCACGGCGUGUCGAUCGCGCCCUCGGUGGUGGACAGUGGGAAGCUCCCCGGGAUCUACGAGUACUACCUGCUCGUGCGCCCCUCGCCCAGCCUGCGCAUCCUCUUCGCCUCCCCGUCCCUGAGGGUGCCCGGCAUCCUCCAGUCCAACUUCAUGGACAAGAUCGGCGGGUCGAACCGCGUCCGCGACGGGCUGCAGCACGCCUUCGCGGGCGGCCACGGGGUCACGGCCAAGGUGCGGUGGAUGAGCACGCCGCACAGCGAGGGCAGGGUGCGCUGGAUACACUGCACCCCCCUGCUGGGCAGCAACGGCGCAGUCGGGGUGUGGAUGGUUGUGCUGGUCGACGAGGAGCCCGAGCCCUCCGCCAAGAAGAAGGACGCGCCGCCGGUCGAUGGGCGGCUGCGGAAGACGUCGGCUGCCCUGCAGCGGGAGCGGCAGUAUGCAGACAAGGACAAGGACAAGGACGACAAUCUGAGCCUGGCCGAGUACCUCGCCUCGACCACGGGCAAGGCCAACGACAAUGAGGUCCGCAGCCACGACGGGGACAGCUUCGACAUAUCGAUCGUGCGCCCUGCGAGCCGGGCGAGCCGUGGUUCCAGUCGGGUGAGCCGCGAGGCUCAUUCCGGGGGUACCCCACGGCGACGUGAGCCUACGGCGUUUGUUUACGAUGACGAGCCGUCGCGAUCCACUUAUACUGUGCGACUAGAGGAUUAAUGGC